AUGGACCGGACACAAGAGCAGGGCCCCGCCCGUGGCCGCUUCCGCAGAACAGCGCAGAUGAUUUGCAAAUUCAUCAGGAGAAUUCGGGAGGAAGAGAGCAGCGUCAUGGGCACUGGGGUCAGAGCAUACCCUCACAUCUUCAAAACCAAGACCAGUGCCGCCCUGCUGGAUAUGCUUGUGGAGGAGGGCGUUUCCAGCCCAAAGCAAGUGCCCGCCGUGGUGAGGUACAUCCACCAGUGGCUCCUGUCCAAUGAGUAUCCUGAGUACAGACUGUCCAGGACCCUUCUGGAUCUGACUGAGGCCUACCCCACUGAUGUGGUGAUGACUAUCCUGCGUGUGGCCCCAUCAUGUGACAGAGCUGCCACGGCCAUGUGGAAGACGCUCAUGUGCUCAGUCAGGACUUCAAAGACAGUCAUGCCGCUACUCCUCGAUGUGCUGGAGAGCUGGCCAGAGCACAGCACGCGCACCUCCGACGGGGACGACACAGACGUCUUUGCCCUGGCUGCAACUCUGGUGAUGUGGAAGAUCCUCCAGGUGCCCUGUGUGCCACACGUAGUGACAGUCUAUUUGCCCCGCCUCUUUGUGCAUCUGCUCUUCCAAGUGUUCUUCAGCACAGUGGAGAUGCCAGAGAAGGUCGAGAACUUGUGGAGAGCAUGCCAGGAGCAACAUGGCCUUGCCACCGACCCCAACAGGUUUGCAGUGCAGACCCUGAAGGACCUGCUCUGCCGACUCUACUAUGAGGACGUGGUGGUGGCCGUGGAACACAAGCGUGGCUGGGACACGCUGCUCAGUGCUGACACCCACCACCACGCAGUGGGUCUGCUGGCCAGGGAGAUGUCCCGGGCCUCCAAACUCGUGCGUUUCCGGAUCGUUUGCCACCUGUUCAGGCUGCUCAGCGGGGAGGAGCCACGCCGGGAUCUGCCUGCCCUGGCGUUCCUUGUGGAGGUCCUCUCAGAUCCCCCUUUCCAGCGUUGGCUGGACUGGAGUAGAUGCGGUGACAGCGUCCUGGAGAUCAUGUCCAAGAACCUGCGGAGCGAGUGCAGGGAGAGGCGUCGCCUGGCGCUCAGAGGCCUUGUGGUGCUCAGCAAGCAUCCCUCGAUGACCAAAGGAAUGUGGAGCCUGACCGAAAGCCUCGUGGAGCUCCUGCAGGAAGACGACAGCGACGUGGUUGGGAUGACCGUCGCCGUCCUCAGCUACUUGUUCCUGUACAGUGGUGCCCCGAUACCCAGCCCCAUCGCCCUGCAGCUGGCUGAGGCCCUCCUGCCACUCUUUGACAACGCCCGUGCCCAGGUGGGCCUGGAGCGGCCGAUGCGGAGGUCUGUCUUUCUUCCUUUCAUACAGGAUGAUAGCCAGGUGCGGCUGCGCUCCAUGUUCGUUUUCCAAGAGAUGAUGCCUUUAUUAACGGCAAAGGGAAAAAAGGCCCUGAAGUCACACGUGCGCCAGAGCCUGCUCCCACUCUCCUUCCACUGCCAUGACGAGGACUGGCACGUGGCCAAUGCCUCCCGGGAAACGCUGCGUUGUGCGGCCAGCUUCCUGAAAAGGAGAGAUCUCGAACGCAUGCUGGACGUGGAUCAGACAUGGAGGUUCGGCGAGGGCCUGCUGGCAGAGGACAGGAGCCGAGCGGCCGAGCACUCGCGGCGGGCCCUGCCGUACCUGCGGAGCCCACAGGAGUCCCUGCGACAGGCGGCCAUCAGGUUCAUCGGUGAGCCACGAGCCCGGGGCCCCUCCCCUCCCCGCCCCGCCGCAGCGCGGCCCCAGCCCCGGCUGCUGCCCCGGCAGCGGGAUCCGGGCCAGGGGCCGUGGAGCCCCGCCUGCCCCCGGGGCUGCCACCGCCCUCUCGCAGCCGUGCCCUCGGGCGUCGGGAUGCGGCGAGGGCCCGGGCUGAGCCCUGCCGGGGCGAGGAGAACGUGCGGCCGCAGGGCUGGCAGCGCCGCUGAGAGGGAGCUGUGCCGCUGGGGCCGUGACAGGCUCUGUGUUCCCAGGCAUCGCCGGGCGGCACCUGAGGGGCCAGCAGGAAGAGCUCCAGCUCAUCUGCGAGGCCCUUGAAGACGCGUCCCGUGACAUCAGCCCUGCCGUUUCCAGCCUGGCGCGUCAAACAGCCUACGUCCUGCGGGCCCUGGAGAGAGCUCCGCGCUCCAUCUUCCAGGUGCUGCGAGAUGGACUCCGCAGGGCAUGCAGGACACGGCCUCGUCUGUCGGGCCGUGGCUAGCUGCAGUGCUGCAGCUCUGCAGCGACCUGAUCUGGGAGGCUCUCUCUGCUGGGGCCACCUGAGCCAGCGGGCAUUUUUCUUUCAGAUGGUUCUUUUCUUCUUUUGGUUUUUCCUUUAUAUGUAAAUAUAGAAUGUGUUUGUCUGAGAUUAAAAAUAGUUCAUGCCUCAACCAUC